UGCAUUUUCUGUAACUUUAAUGGAGGAUACGAGGGAUGGCUAUGUCUCAAGAAAGGCAGAUAGCAUUGUCCAGAACAUCUAUGGAAGGUAAGAGGGUUGAAUAUGUCUCCCCAUCAUCAUCAUCAUCACCACCAACACCACCAUCACCCCUUCCAGUUAGUAUAGGACCUGGAAACCAAAAGUACUUAUUCUCACCAUCUCCCUCUUCAUCACCGCCCUUUUCGCCAUCUCCUUCCACCCAUCCGUCCUCGGAGAAACUCCCUCUCUUGCAAGAAAAUUUGUCUCACUCUGCAGCCGCUGUUGCCCAUUCUCCAUCUGCAUUUUCGGUGGAUCGCAAAGACCCGGAUGGAUUAGAACCUGAAAGUUCAUGCCUAAAAGAUCUGUUGUUGUGGCUUUUACAAAAAUGCUGCAAUUGUUGUGUCCAACAUUCAUUGAAGGGAGAUACAGAUCUUGAAUUCUUGAUUCGCAAGAAAUAUUAGCUGGUGCAGCCGUUUCUCAUCAUUUUUCUGUUCAAGAUUUUU